AUGGACGAAUCCAUCACAUCAGAAAAGUUUGAUGCAAUUUACAAGCAAUUGCGUUCAACUUUCCUUACUGGGAAAACCAAGUCAAUCCAGUGGCGCAAGUGGCAGCUCAAGCAGCUUUACUGGCUUCUCGACGAGAAUGAAGAUGCUCUACUCACGAGUCUAGCCAACGACCUCCAUCGCAGCAAGUUUGAAUCACUUCUCACCGAUAUCAACGACGCCAAAAAUGCCAUUCUGGAAGCCGUCAGCGAAGUUGAGACCUGGGCUCAAGGCAAUGCACCCCCCAAAGCCGGCAUCGUGUACGGUACUUUUGGAAAAGCCUGGAUCCGCAAAGAGCCUCGAGGACUCGUCCUUAUCAUCGGCGCCUGGAAUUUUCCCAUAUCAACCCUGAUCAAUGUUGCCAUUGCAGCCAUUGCUGCCGGCAAUGCCGUCAUACUGAAACCUUCAGAAAUGGCCUCACAUACCGAAAAGCUGCUCAGUGAGCUGGUGCCCCGGUACAUGGAUACCCUCGCUGUCGCCUUAAUCCGUGCCACACCCGCCAAGAUGUCUUUCAUCCUAGAUCACAAGUUCGACUUCAUAUUUUACACUGGGAGCACGCGGGUCGGCCGGAUAAUUGCCUCGGCAGCGGCAAAGCACAUUACCCCAGUGGCCUUGGAACUAGGUGGCCAAGCACCCGGCAUUGUUACCAAGCACGCCGAUCUAGACCUCGUGGCAAAGAGAAUCGUCAACGCCAAGUUGUCCAACUUGGGACAAGUGUGCAUCUGCGUCAAUCAUGUUUUCGCACAUCCCGAAAUUUACGAUCAGUUCACUGCUCGUGUCGAGUACUGGGCAAAGAAGCUGCUUGAGUCUGGCACAGCCACACUGUGCAGGAUCAUCAAUGAGAAACACUUCGACAGGCUUCAAGGCCUGAUUCAAAAGACAGAAGGCAAAGUAGUUUUCAGUGGUGACCAUGUCCGCGAGGACAAGCUCAUUUACCCAACAAUUGUCACCAAUGUCAAGAUGACAGACAGCUUGCUGUCAGAAGAGUUAUUCGGACCCGUCCUUCCCAUCAUCAAAGCGGAUACGGUGACGGCUCUUGAGACCCUCAAGAACAGCCCACAUCCCUUAGCCCUUUACAUCUUCUCCGAGUCAAAACAAGAGAUUGAUCAUAUUCUGGAUUCUACACAGUCCGGCGGAGUUACGAUUAACGACGUCGGUCUUCAUGCAGAUGUGUCUUCGGCGCCUUUUGGCGGUGUUGGCGACUCAGGGUAUGGAUGUUUCCAUGGGAAAUGGGGAUUCGAUACGUUUAGCCACAACCGCAGCGUCGUCACUGUGCCUGGGUGGAUCGAAAGGUUCACUGUUUGGCGGUAUCCUCCCUUUGACGUCGCCAACCGAUCCUCAAUAGAUCCAACAAAGCCGUCCUUCAAAAAAGGAGAAACCAUGGAAGACCAGCGAAUUGGGGGCUCUUUUCUUAGCAAAAUCCCUAUUAUUGGUCUGCUGUUCUAG